AUGUCGGCGGCCGACGGCGAGGCCUGGGACGGGAACCGGCCGCGCAGAGGGGGCAGCGGCGACGGGCCGGCGGCCCAGGCCGCCCACGGAGGGCUCCUCAACCGCUUCGUCAGGCUGCCCCCGGGCCCGGGAUGGGGCGGCCACAGAGUCCCGCCCGCCAGGAGCGGCCACCGCUGCGUAGCCGACAACGCCAACUUGUACGUGUUCGGAGGGUACAAUCCUGACUACGACGAGUCCGGAGGGCCGGAGAAUGAAGACUACCCACUCUUCAGGGAGCUCUGGCGAUACAACUUUGCCACAGGCACCUGGCAUCAAAUGGGCACAGAGGGCUACAUACCAAAAGAGCUGGCGUCCAUGUCCCUUGUGUUGCACGGGAACAACCUCUUGGUCUUCGGCGGCACCGGGAUCCCUUUCGGCAAGAGCAACGGCAACGACGUCCACGUGUGUAAUGUGAAAUACAAGCGCUGGGCCCUGUUCAACUGUCGAGGGAAGAAGCCGAAUCGUAUCUAUGGACAGGCGAUGGCCAUCAUCAACGGCUCAUUGUACGUGUUCGGAGGGACGACCGGCUACAUCUAUAGCACAGACCUGCACAAGCUGGACCUGAACACCCGAGAGUGGACCCAGCUGAAGCCAAACAACAUGCACUGCGAUAUGCCGGAGGAGAGAUACAGACAUGAAAUUGCACACGACGGGCAGAGGAUUUACAUCUUGGGAGGCGGCACUUCCUGGACAGCCUACUCCUUGGACAAGAUCCAUGCCUAUAACCUUGAAACAAACACCUGGGAGGAGAUCACAACGAAGCCUUAUAAGAAAAAAUAUUUCCCUGCUGCCCGGAGAUGCCACAGCUGUGUGCAGAUAAAAACUGAUGUCUUUGUGUGCGGAGGAUACAAUGGAGAAGUGAUUCUCGGAGACAUCUGGAAGCUGAACCUGCAAACCUUCCAGUGGGUGAAACUCCCGGCUGUUAUGCCCGAGCCAGUUUACUUCCACUGUGCUGCCGUGACUCCGGCCGGCUGCAUGUACGUCCACGGCGGCGUGGUGGACAUCCUCCAGAACAGACGGACUGGGUCUCUCUUCAAGAUGUGGCUGGUGGUUCCCAGCCUCCUGGAAUUGUCCUGGGAGAAGCUUCUCAGAUUCUUCCCUCACUUAGCGAACCUCUCCAAAUGGCAGCUUUUGCACCUAGGACUCACAGAGGGACUCAUCGAACGCUUGAAAUGAGA